CUCAAAUAGUAGAAUGUGAUCACUUCCAACGGUUGUAACGCAUAAGUGUAUUUUAUUUAAUUCGUAUGAUAUUAAUUUAAAAACAGAAGAGCAAAAUGAGAUACGCGCAACUUGUGAUGGGACCAGCCGGUAGCGGAAAGUCCACUUAUUGUUCUGCUAUGCAACAACAUGCAGCCAGUGAAAGACAAGUAAUAGAAGUAGUAAAUUUAGACCCAGCAGCAGAAUAUUUUGAUUAUGAACCUUUAGUUGAUAUAAGAGAAUUAAUUCAGUUAGAUGAUGCUAUGGAAGAUGAUGAAUUACGAUUUGGACCUAAUGGUGGUCUUGUAUUUUGUAUGGAGUAUUUAAUAGAAAACUCAUCAUGGUUAGAGGAAAAAUUAGGUGAUGUGGAUGAUGAUUAUAUCAUCUUUGAUUGUCCAGGACAAAUAGAGCUAUAUACACAUAUGACAGUUAUUCGUCAAUUAAUAACAAUGUUGCAAAAUCUCAAUUUUCGCAUAUGUGGGAUAUUUUUAAUAGAUAGUCAAUUCAUGGUUGAUGGAUCAAAGUUUUUAUCAGGUACAAUGGCUGCACUUAGUGUGAUGAUUAAUUUAGAAUUACCACAUAUUAAUCUCCUUAGUAAAAUGGAUUUACUGUCAAAAAGUGCAAAAAAGCAACUAGACAAAUAUUUAGAACCUGAUCCAUACAGUUUAUUAUCAGACAUGGAGAAAGAUUCUUGGAAUGAAAAAUACAAAAACCUCACUGAAGCAAUAGGAAGGCUUAUAGAGGACUACAGUUUGGUGCGUUUUUAUCCAUUAAAUAUAAAAAACGAAGAAAGUAUGGCAGAUAUUAAACUGACGGUUGACAAUAUUAUUCAAUAUGGAGAGGAUGCUGAUGUUAAGAUUAGAGAUUUUGAUGAACCUACUGAUAACGACGAUAAAGAUGUAAACUAUGAUGCAAAUACAUGAAAAUAGCUUUACUCAAUAAAAUAUUUUUAUGAAAUA